AUGAGUACUCCGUAUAUUGCCGGUUUGACCACCAAAAAUAUAUUCUUAGUUGACUUCAAAGAGCCGUAUGCAGAGACAAAUUUAAGGGAUGAAACCACUACAAACAUACGUGGCAUUAUAUUUAGUCCUAAAGGAACAUAUUUAGCAUAUAGAACUGAUAAGAAAGUUGAGAUUGUAAGAUGUUCCGACUGGUCAGUAACAGCAACUAUAAAUGGAAAUGUCAAAGACAUGUUUUUCUCACCCCUGGAUAACUACUUUACUAUCUGGGAAAUGUUCAUUAUGACAAAGGAGAACCCUCAGGGCAAACCUAACCUACAUGUCUAUAAAUCAGCAGAUGGCCAACUCGUAGGCAGCUUCAUACAAAAAAAUCAAUCUGGAUGGGAACCAAAGUGGACAUCGGAUGAGAAGCUGUUUGCUAUUCAGAUGAACAACAGAGUGUUGAUCUAUGAAGAUGGCAUACUAGACAGAUUUGUGCAACAGUUGCAUGCAGAUAAACUGAAGUGUUUCAGUAUCUCCCCUAGUGCUGCUCCUCUCUAUUACUUUGCUGCAUUUACUUUAGGUAAAGCAGGCCAGCCAUCAUUUUGGCGUGUAUUCAAAUACCCUGAGUUUGAUCAGGCCCAGGCAGUGGUGAGCCGGUCCUCAUUCCAGGCUGACAAGGCUACAUUUUACUGGAAUCGACGUGGUACCAAUGUUUUUGCAAUGACACAAACUGAUGUGGACAAAACUGGUGGUUCUUAUUAUGGAAAGCAAUCACUUUCCUAUGGAGAUGUUAAGGGCAAUUCUGAAAAUGUGACAUUCAGUAAGGAGGGUCCGGUGCACUCGAUCGCGUGGAACCCGGGCAACUCUAACGAAUGGAUGGCAGUGUAUGGACACGCGCCCGCUAAAGCUACGCUCUUCAAUGUCAAGUGCGAACCUCUGUUCGAAUUCGGCACUGGAUCUUGGAACUCAAUAUAUUUCCCACCUGAAGGAACACGCGUGCUGUUGGGUGGCUUCGGUAACAUAGCGUCGGGUCACAUCGAGGUGUGGGAGCUCCGCGGGUACAAGAAGGUGGGGUCCUGCGCGGCCCCCGACACCACCAGCCUUGUGUGGGACCCCCGCGCCGAGACCUUCGUCACUGCCACCACAUACCCCAGGCUUACUGUCGGCAACGGUUACAAGAUAUGGCACUACACAUGCGCCCUAAUGCACAAGCGUAUGUGUGCUGAGAAGGAGAACCUGUUGGCUAUCAGCUGGCAGCCAGGCAACUUCCCAAAGAGUGAGCUCUCUAAGAUAGUACCCAAGUCCAUUGAGGAUGCCACGCCGAAGCCAGUCGCUGCAUACAGGCCGCCCGGCGCUAAGAACAGACCUUCGACGUUCACGUUACAUGAGCAGGAGAAGCCACACAGACCUGGAGAAACGCCUAGUGCGGCACCAUCGAAGCAGGCGAUCAAGCAGAAAGAAAAACGCGAAGCUCGUAAGGCGCGCAAGGCUGAAGAAAAAGCUAGCGGGGACACCACGGCGCCGCCCGCAGCAGCCACCACUCCCCGCGCACCAUUCAUCUCUACAGGAGACCCUGAAAAGGACAAGAAGAUCAAAAAUCUCAAUAAGAAAUUGAGUGACAUAGAGAAGUUGAAGCAACAAAAAGCAGCCGGGAAGCAGUUGGAACUGAAUCAACUGGCGAAGAUCGAGCAGGAGGCUGCGCUGCUGCAGGAACUUGCUCAGCUUCGGUUAUGA